AUGAUGAAGAAGGUUGUACGACUCACACGACCUGGCGUCUUCCGCCUUCCUGUUGCCACUCGACGUAUCCCUCUGCGACCGUACUCAGCUGCAAGCGCAGCUGUCCAGCAAAAGCCCGAGUAUGUACAGGACCGGACGAAGCUCAUCCCGGUCGCUGCACGUCUGCAGGAGGGCCGUGCACUGAUGCUCGACGUAUGGACCAUCUUCAAUGCUGCGAACUUGCCCCCAGAUUGCAUCAACCUGGGCCAGGGCUACAUGAACUUUCCGCCACCGCAGUGGGCCCGCGACGCUGCCGACGAAGCUCUGAAAUCGGUUGAGGGGAACCACUACGCUCCCACGAGAGGCAGGCUGCGGCUCCGCAGAGCCAUCAAAAACUUCUAUGGCACCCAGUUCGGCAGAGAGCUCGACACCGAGAGCGAGAUUCUCGUCACUAGUGGUGCGAACGAAGGACAGUAUGCUGCGCUCACGGCUUUUAUUGAUCCGGGCGAUGAGGUCAUUAUGCUUGAGCCAUUCUUCGAGCUCUACCUCCCGACGAUCGUCUUCAAUGGAGGUAAGCCAGUGUAUGUACCCCUGCACCCGAUUUCGGAUCCUGCGUCUCCGAAUAAGCGAACUUGGAACUUGGACUUUGACGAGCUGAGGCGUGCGAUCACCCCGCGAACCAAAAUGAUUAUGUUGAACUCGCCUCACAACCCUCUCGGGAAGGUGUUCAACCGGGAAGAACUGGAAGGGAUUGCAGAUAUCGCUGAAGAAUUCAACCUGCUGGUCAUGUCCGACGAGGUCUACGAAGCCCUUGUGUAUGAUGGGAAGGAGCACAUUCGGUUCGCCACCCUUCCUGGCAUGUGGGACCGCACCAUCACGGUUGGAUCUGCAGGAAAAAUGUUCGCCGCCACGGGUUGGCGCGUCGGUUGGCUCAUCGGCCCACCUGCACUCAUUGAACCGACGCUGGCGGCGACGACGCGCAUCGUCUUCUGCUCGAACACGCCGAUGCAGGAGGCCGCUGCCGCGGGGCUUGAGCAGGCCAGAGAGAGGCGAUUCUUCGAGACACAGCUGCAGGAGUACACGGAGCGUCGGGAUAUCCUUACGCGGGCGUUUGAUGAGCUCGGCAUGGCGUACACCCAUCCAGAAGGUAGUUACUUUAUCAUGCUGGAUGUGUCUAAUGUGACUUGGCCGGAUAAUUACAAGUUCCCGCCUGCUAUGGAAGGUCGAGGGCGGAAUUUCAAGGCGAUAUGGUUCAUGGCGAAUGAACUCCGUGUGUCGUCGGUUCCAGUCACGGACUUCUACUGCGACGAACACCGCGACAUCGGCGAGAAUUACGCUCGCUUCUCGUUCUGUAAAGACGCCGAGACUUUGAGGAUUGCUGCGAAACGCCUACAGAACUUGCGGCAGUACUUGCGCAAUUAA